AUGGAAAAAACUGUUACAGAGCUAUUAGAAAACAUUGUCACGUUGGCAGAACAAGUAAAGGAUUUCCAAUGUGCCGAUUUCAUUACUUCGGUGUAUCUGGCGGAACAAAUGACAUCUGUAAACGAAUUGUCGCAUCACGUCACAAAGAUGGAAAGGUUAUGUGGCGAUGAACACGCUAUAUAUCACUACGAUUUGACAUUAUUGAAGGCGUAUCCAAAUCCAUUCAGUUUUAAAAUGCCAGGGCCU